AUGAACAGCGAGAAGAAGACGCCGGGGUUCUUGGGGCCCAAAGAGAUCGAGACCAGCGGCGGUCCGAGGGCAAAGGGCAGAGCGGCCGUCACCGCCGCCGCCCUGUCGGUUCUGGCGCUGACGGCGCUUAUCAGAGGGAAUUUUCUGUCCGCGCCGCCAUGGUCCUUCUCCAGGCACAACGACCAUCACUUCGGAGUUCCUGGACAAGGCAGUUCGACUGAAUGGAGCUGGUCAAGCAUCAAGCCAAGCAGGACCCUUAAGUGGCACAGCUGCUUCGAGGACGGGGGUUACGACUGCGCUAGACUGGAUGUUCCCAUGGACUGGCAGCAGCCGCGGGAUGACCACCGAGUUGUCCUCGCCAUCGUCAGGAUCCGCGCCACCGACACGUCCGAUUACAGAGGGCCGGUCAUCUUUAACCCCGGUGGCCCUGGCGGCUCUGGGGUUUGGUCAAUGAGAAACCAUGGCCGGAUGCUGCACGAGAUCGUCGGCACAAACCAUGAUCUCAUCAGCUUUGACCCGCGAGGUGUCGGCGCAUCCAUCCCGAGACUCGAGUGCUGGUCCUCGCCGCAACAGGGCCAGAGCUGGGAACUACAGGAUCCUGGCAUCCUCGACUCCCACGAGGGCAUCCUCGGCGAGCUCUUCACCCGGGCGGCCGCGUACUCACAGGCCUGCGAGAGGGCCAUGAGACCCUCGGGCAUCCUGGAGCACAUCGGCACCACCUCCGCCGCCAGGGACAUGCUCGAGAUCGUGCACCAGACGGGCAACGACAAGCUCAGGUACUGGGGCUUCAGCUACGGCACUAUCCUCGGCGGCGUCUUCGCCGCCAUGUACCCGGACAAGGUGGACCGUCUCGUCAGCGACGGCAACGUCGACUACCGGGAGUGGUUCAACUACGCCCACAUCAACUUUGUCCGCGACACGGACAAGGUGCUCUUCGCCUUUUACGACUUCUGCCACCGCGCCGGGCCUGAGAGGUGCGCCUUCCACGCGCCGACGCCCGAGGCCGUCAUGCAGAGGUUCGGUGAGCUGCUGUCCGGGCUCAAGACGCAUCCCGUCAUCUUCCCCGCCACGGACGACGACGACGACGCCGACGACAACGGGCCCGAGCUGCCGCUGCUGGUGACCUACUCCAAGGUCAUGCGCCUCCUGUCGUCGACGCUGUACCAGCCGCAGGACAAAUUCGAGACCUUCUCCAGGAUCAUCGCCGCCCUCGAGCGGCGUGACGGCCGGCCGUUCUACGAGUACUACCACCCGCGGGGCAAACCCGCCUCGGCCCCGGUCUGCUCCACGCAGCCGAUCUCGCCCCUAGAACCCCUUCCGGGGAUCAUCGAGGGCACCGAGGACGCGUUCCCGGUCAUCAUGUGCGCCGACCACCCGGCCGUACUCAACCUGACUCUCGAGGAGGUGCAACGCGAGGCCGAGACUCUUAUGGAGCUCAGCCCUGCCACGGGAGCACUCGCCGUGCCGUAUCAUAUGACGUGCAACCAGCGCACGACGCGGCCGCGCUGGCGAUUCGACGGACCCUUCGAGGGCAAGACGGACCACCCGAUCCUGUUCAUCGCCAACCGGGCCGACAACAUCACGCCGCUCCUCAGCGCGCGCAACAACUCGGCCGGCUUCCCCGGGUCGGCUAUUCUGGUGCAGAACUCGUACGGCCACACAUCGCUUGCCGCGCCCUCCAAGUGCACGAGACAGUACAUCAACGCCUACUUCCAGAAUGGAACGCUUCCGCCGGCUGGGACGGAGUGCGAGGGCGACUCUCAACCAUUUGGCCCGAGAGUCGGGCCUGAAGUUCGCGUCUACCAUAACCCUUUGUAUCUGUGA